AAACAGUUUGAGAAUCUUGUUUUCUUGUUGUUUUCAGGGUUUCUUCCUGACCGUUUCCCCAGAGUCCAUCCUGAAGGUGGCAAAGCACGCCUCUGAAAACAACAAACUCUUUGGCCUGAACCUCUCCGCUCCCUUCAUCAGCCAGUUCUUCAAGGAGCCCAUGAUGAAGGUCAUGCCGUACGUCGACAUCUUGUUUGGGAACGAGACGGAGGCGGCCACUUUCGCCAAAGAGCAAGGCUUUGAGACGGACGACAUUGCAGAGGUGGCGAGGCAGGCCCAGAGCCUGCCCAAAGUCAACAAGAAGAGGCAGAGAGUCGUGGUCUUCACCCAGGGCAAGGACGACACCGUGGCAACUGUUGGUGAGAAGGUGACCAUGUUCCCCGUGCUGGACAUUGACCAGAACGACAUAGUGGACACAAACGGAGCAGGAGAUGCCUUCGUGGGAGGUUUCCUGUCAGAGCUGGUGCAGGAGAGACCGCUGGAGGACUGCAUACGCGCCGGCCACUACGCAGCCAACGUCAUCAUCAGACGGGUGGGGUGCACCUUCCCAGAGAAGCCAGACUUCCACUGAUACGCUCCGUAUCCAAGCUCCGUAUCCAAGCUCCGUAUCCAAGCUCCGAGCAGCUUCAUGUCUUCUUUAUGAGACACCUGAAUUUUACGUUUGCCUGAACGUUGUGUAAAGUUUGUACAAUGACAGUAAUGCCACGAUGAAUGGAUCGUCGACAUUACUUGUAUGCAUUUAUUUUGGGAAGUUGUUUAAAAAAACAAAAACAAAGCAUUGGUCUUCUUCAGUAGGUAACUUCAUAAGCAACACGCCACUAGAUUUGUGUGCCAUAUAUUGGCAUUAUUAAAUGUCAUUUUCUGUACAGACCUUUAUUGCAAUAUAGGCUAUUUAUAGGUUACUGUGUCCAAUAAGUGAUCACUCUCACAUGAAGAGUGUGAGUCUGGAGAAAAAAAAUUGGUGUCUGCUGAAUGAAUAAAAUAAAUCUUAAAAUAAAAGAUCAAGUUUGUGUUACAGCG